AUGGGCUUUUUGCGGUGUAGGUACGUCCUCUCUAUGACCUGUAGGCCUAAACGGAAGUGCGCGGAAGUCUCGCUCUUUCUUCCAGGGCUUUCAAAUGUCCUCUCUAGCGCGUGCGGCUGCCGUGGCCUUCCUCUCUCUUGCUUGCGCGCCUCUCUCGUAGAUGCAUUUCUUUGUUCUUCUUUCCUCUUUUCGCCUUUUGCUCUCGCCUUCGGGCCUCUGCAGUCUGAGCUGCCGCGCGAGGCAAAAGGUCUGUUGUCGUUCUCGAGUGACGGCAGCGACCUCGAUUUUCGCGAAACAGGCAGACACAACGCCGGUCAGCAACAAACAGAGGAAGCCGCGGGGGAGCGAGGUGAAGCCGACUUUCUUCAGAACGAGGAGCGAGACCCGCUGCAACAGGCGUCUUCCACCGCGAAGCUGAGCGGCCGAGAGACGCCGCGAGAGUGUCCCCCCCACGCGUCUGCCGGCGGCGCACGCGCGGCAGGAGCCCGAAACGCAGAAGUCCAAAGGGGUCUCGCGGGCUGGGAAGAAGGCCGCGAAGCCGAGCUGACGGAGGGGAAGAACUCUCUCGAAAACCGCGCGGACGCUCGCGACAGCUUCGUGUGCGCAGGGGAGACAGAGGGGCCUGCGCCGGCGGUUUCUCUGCAAGGCUUGUCUCCCCGCCGCCGCAGAUCGCCAGGUCGGGGCGAGACAGAGAAACUGGAAGGAACGCAGAGAUGGGUCGCGAGUGUCUCUGCAGGCCCGAAGGCACUCCGCGGAACCCCCACCGCGGCGCGCCGGUCGCGGAAGAUCUCCUUUUCUUCCUCUCCUUCCCUGGCUCGCACGGUAACGAGAAAGGCCCCUGGCGUGUGCGUGAAGGAGCCCAAGGCGCGGUCGGAGGCGGCGGACGAAGGCCCAAGCGAAGCCGCCUGUCGAGGAGCGAGUAUCCACGGACAACGGGGGCCAGACCUAAGGAAAGAGAGCGGAGAAACGCAGCUGCCGACAGCCUCCAGCGUCGCGCAGGGCCCUCCUUCAGCCGCUGGCUGCUUGCCCGUCCCCCUCAGUCCGCCCGCGGCGCUCUCUCGCCGGCAAGACGGCGCAGUUGCAGAGAACGAGCGACUCGCAGGGACGGCGAGCGGCGCCGCGAGAGAUGCAGGUCCAACUGCACGCAAGGAAAAUGGGAGCUUGGAGCACUCGGCGCCUGCGAGGGAGAGGCCUCCAGGCCGCCACGAAGGCGCGCAACAGCCCCCGUCUCCGCGGCUUCUCGCGCUGCUCUCCCCGCGUAGCCAUGCAGAGGACAGCUCUCCCCGCUGUCUGGAGAGGGAAGCCCUGAAGCCCGAGAAAGGCUUCUUUCCCUUCGGCGUCAAGGCGCUCGACGGCGGGUCUGAAUCCCGUGACGCCUCCCAAGUCAAACGCGAUCUGAGGCUCUGUCUCUCCGCCUGUACGCGGUCGCCAGCCCACGCGCCCAGUCGCCUGCCUCCGCAGGGUCGCUCAGAGAGCCGGGGCGGCAGGCGAGGGGGACGAGACGCCAACGAGGACGCGGAGGCCACUCGAGCGGAGGCGCUUGGCGCGGGGGGUGCGGAAGAAUCCUGCGGAAGCCGCGAGGAGACUAGAGACCAACGCGCCGGCGAGAGGAACGAGGCGAGACGAGAGCCCAGAGGCCUCUUCUCCCAGAAUCGCGAGAGAGAAGCAUCAGGAGGAGACGGCGGCCUCGACUCCGCGAGCAAAACAAGCCAACAACGAAGCGACCCAGACAUGCGCAGACGGCCUCUUCUCUCUCCUGACGCAGGCUGCGCGAUUCGUCCCCCGUCUCUCCUAUCUACGAGCUACUCGGAUCAAGAAGGCCGCGGAGGAGUCAAGGAUGACCAGAAAGCUCCCCCCCUCGCCAGGGGCGCAGCGGCGCCAGAGAGGGGUGGCGGAGACGCCGAGAGUUGUGCGCGUAGAGAAACAAGCCGUGAAGCCUCUUCUCCCUCCGCGUGUCUUUCGUCUCCUUCUUCUUCCUCUGUUCGCCCUCUAGUGUGCCGGCCGAGCGCUGAGGCGCGAGACAUCUUCGCGGCGAGAUCCAGAGGCCACGUCGCCGCAACAGCAGAACUCCGCCUUUUCGUCUUGUGCCCUCCCUCGCCUUCUUCGGCGCCUCAGGCCGUCUCCUCGUCUGGCGAUUUCUGCCGCUUUCUCAGUGCCACGGAGUCCGAAGAGUUCGCGACUGCUCGCCAGCUCAGCCAAGCUUCUGCGGGGUCCAGGGAAGAGCCGCGCUGCGCGAUUCGCCGCGCACCUUCGAAAGAAAGCCGACCCCACACGCCUUCCUCCUCGUUUUUCCCUCCCGACCGCGCCCGCACCGACUCCAAGUCUCCUUCUCACUCCCUUCGCCCUGCGGCGGCCUCGAAAUCUCCUCGCCUCAGAAGUGGAGACCGGCUUCUUUCGACUUCUGUCGCGCUCCUGAAUGAACGCAGCGGACGAGGCGCUUCCUCCGCGUUGCGACCUUCUUCUCCCUCUGCACGCCCUUCGGCAGGGGAAGACUCUGUGCCCCCUACGCCUUCAACGGGGCCAUGCCGAGAAGCGGCAGAAACCUGCUUGGCAGCUGAACUCGCCCGGAACGAGGAGGCGGGCGAGGUCUGCCCCGCUCGCUCGCCUCCGUCGCCGACCCGGCCGCGCGAUAACUUCUCUCCCGCUUCGGCCCCCGCGUCGUCCGCCUCCGCUGCCACGAGCAGAGAAAUGGGAAACGUUUCGUCUGCUUCUGCAGUGGCUCGCUGCGCCUCUCCGCACGUUGCGUCCAGCGACACUCUCCUCGCGCGGGGACUGGAGGCCGAGAGAGAAGCGGAGGCGCGGAGCGGAGCGCCCGCGCGUCACGCAGGCAGGAUGGACAGCGGCGAGGAAGAAAACGGCGCGAAAACGCGGGGGGGGGGAGUGGAGACGCAACCGAGGCGCAAGUCAAAGCGCAAGUCCCCCUCCAGCGAAGCGCCGAAAGCGAAAGGCGCCGUGAACCGAACAGGGAAGACGGGCAUGCAGCGCGAGACGGAGGAAGGCAGCCCAGAGACGCCUCCCUCGCGCAAGCCGUUUAAGGAAGCGGACUGGGGGCGGGAGGAGUACUCGGCCUUCGCUCACUGCCACUCUGAUCUCGAGCAGGGAGAGCCAGAGGAGACAGCCCAGGCAAAAAGCGCGGAGGAAAACGAACUCUUCUUGACGCCCGCUCCCGCUUCGCCUUCUUACGCUCCUUCCUCGCCGUGCUCUUCGCCCUCCUCUUCGCCCUCGGCUUCGUCUUUUUCAGUGGCUGGUUUUUCGUCCUGGAAGUCCUCUGCGUCUCCGCUUCGGCAGCCCCUCGCCUCGCGCUUCAGCCCAUUCAUGCGCGCUGCCCACACGGUCACUUACUCAGCGAGAGAAGAGAAAACCGGAAGGCUGUUUCGCGGCUUCGGCGGAAUGAACCGAGGCGGCGACGCGAGCCAGUCGGCGCGUCUUCUCGCGCGGCACAGAGACGGACGAGACCUGCCGCGGAGCGCAGAGCGGGGGAGAAAGGGCGCGCGGCGCAUUCGAAAAGCGUCGAUGAGGAACUCCCAAUCACGCGAGGAGAGCGAUAAGCCCUCAGCGCCCGUCCCUGGAGGCACAUGCGCGUCGGUGGCGCAGGCGGGCAGACGGCGUGCGGUGACCGCAGCUGGAGAGCAAAGCGAGAGCGCCAAGGGUGAAGUUCGCCGGGGCUCGCGAGGGGAAAGCCGAGAGAGACAAAACGAGGACGAGGUCGUCAGCCGCACAGAGCGAGACGCGGAAAAAAAGGCGCGCGUAUGCGCGCUCGUCAGCGACGCAGAAACACAGCGGAGCGGGCGGUGCGGCAGGCAAGAGAACGUCCCGCUGGCAGCAGAAGAAGGAGAGAGCGAGCCAAGAGAGAGCGGAGGCGAGCAGGCGCGAAGAGACGGCUGGGGCGAGCGAGGCAAAAGCGAAGGGCGGGACGCUGGGACUGCCUCCUGCUGUCCCCUUUUACUGUCACGCGCAGGAUCAGGACACGCGUCCAGUCCUGCCUUGCUGGCGGAUCCACCGCGCGAAGGCGAGGGCGGGCGAUUUCGGCAGUUGUUUUCUUCCGUGAACGGUGCAACGCUUGAAACGCGUCCUGACUUGAUUCACGAGAGAGGUUCCCUGGCUCGCCUCGCACCCCCAGACCUCGAGCCCUCUCGACCUGGUAUUUCGUCGCCGAGCGCGAUAUCUGCCUCUCUGACUCUGCUUGCGGCUCCGCCGUCUCCUUGCUGUCUCUCUUCGGCUCGCUUGCCUCUUGUUUCGCCCGCUUCCGCGAUCUCGCCGGCCUCACGGCCUUCUUCCGCGUCGCCUCCAGCCCUGUCCCUCGUCGCGUCUUCUCCGCUUCUCGUCGCGGCCUCUGAUUCCUCCUCGCAGGCGCGGUUAUCUCCCUGCAUCGCGCCGUCGUUUCCCCCUGUUCUUGUCCCUAUGUAUUCGCCUUGCUGUCGUCCUCCGCUCUUGGUUCCUGCUUCCCCUGGCUCGUCUCGUCUGGCGCCUCUGCCUUCUCCUGCGCCCCCUCCUCUGCAGGCGCACGCGUUCGCUGCUUCGCCGCCGCGCGUCUCUCCGUCGGUCUCGUCUCCGCUGGAGGUCUCCGCGCCGUUGCAGGGAGAGAAAGCGACUGGGGCCUCUGCGGCGGCGGAGCUGCCGCGCCUGUCGGCGGCGAUGUCGCUGAACGAGAGCGACGAAGAAGGCGCGCUGGAGGCUGCGCGCCUCACGUUCGCGCGGCCUCCCAAACGCGAGGCAAGACUUUUGCCCGCUGCAAAGAAGGAAACAGAAGCCGAAAAAGAAUGCCGCGACGUGCCUUGCAACUGUCCAGCGACAGAGGACGCGAAGCAGAGCGUCUCGCAGCUGCAGCAGCCCUCCGCCGGCUUGACCUCCGCAGCCCCGAAAGGGCCUGAAGGGCGUCAGCAGCCGGCGCCGGGCGGACCGGAGAGACAGGGCGACGCGGCGCCGGAACGGCCUUCGCCGUGUCUGAUGUGUCUGCAGUCGGAGAGAGAAGGGGGCAGCGCGUAUUCGCGGGUGACAUCCGCGCGUCGCUCCCAGAAAGGGAGCGGAGGGGGAGGCGCGAAGCUGGGACAGAACGGACCCAAGCAUGGGGGAGCUCCCAGAGCAGAGAGAGGCUUGGAGGGCCGCGACGGCGCGACGCGGGAGAGGCAGGACGCGGAGCAGGGAGGCAUCGAGCCGCAACGCGUCCGCCGCGGAAGAGGACCAGGCCCUCUUUCUUCGGAAUCCGCCUUGCCUUGCAAAUGGAGGGCGGGCUGUCGCUGCUUUCCCGCUUCUUCGCCGAGGAACUUUGUUUCCUGCGAAGACGAAACGGACGCUGCAGGUGCUGAGGCGCCUCCUCCACGCGGCCUCUCCGCGAGCGGCCGCCAGAGGGAGGCGGAGACGCUGCUGGGUCUCGAGCGUCAGCCGCGCCGGCCGGAGAGAGGACCGAAGCGCGAAGGAGGCGAGACGGACAGGAGCGAGGCAGAAAUCCCCCCCCUCUACCGCGCCCGCGCGCGUCUUCUCGCGCUUCUCCUGCCGCACCUGCUCAGUGACGGAGCGCCGCUUUCCACAGAGGUGACCGAGAAAAACAGAAAACACAAGACAAAGCCACCCGCCAAGCAGCACGAGUGGAGAGGUCGAGGCCCGCUGUCGCCGCGAAACAGAGAAGCUCUCUGGUCGCGCUGCUCGCGCGCCCGUCCCCUGGGCAGAGAGGCGGCUGCAGCCGACGCAGACUUGUGGCGAGCGUCUCGCUCUCGUUCUGCGUCGCCUGCUGCACGCGUGCCUGGCGGGCGCCGUUCUGCCGAGGAGGCGUCUUCGAUUCUGCCGGUGGUGUUCAAGCGUCUCUCGGCGCGACAGGUGCCCCGCCCGCUUCGCGCGGAGGCCAGCCUCGCAGACGGAGGUUGGAGGUCGCCUUCGCUGGCGGAGGUGCUUCGCUUCGCGGUCGAGAUCCGUCGGAGCCUGGCGGCCAGCAUUCCCGAGGAAAAGUCGUCUUCUUCUCUUCCCUGCGCGCGCCUCCGCCUUCUGCAGUCUGCGCUGCUCUUGCGUGCCUCCUCGGUGUCUCCAGUUCAGCGCCUCCGCCGAGCUAGUCCGCUGCGCCGUCGGUCCUUGUCUCCCUCUCUGCGGGCUGACCCGCUCGCCAGUCGCGCGCGAGAGAACCCCGUGGCGCCUUGCAAGCUCUGCUCUUCGCAGGGCGCGCGCGCUCGGCUGUCGCCUCCGCCUCGCUCAAAGUUGGCGCCCGUCUGCCUCGCCGCGUGCGAGGGCGAAAGCCCCGGCGCCGAGGAGAGUCCUGCGGAGAGGGCGCGCGGCACGCCACGCGGCUCGCCGCAACGGACGGGACGCGCGGCGGAAAACGGCGAAUUCCUGAGUCCGCGGAGACCGGAGGAAACCGGCGUAGGGAGCCAGACGCCUCGGGGUGAAGGCCACACAAGUUGUUCCUUCGAGAGAAAGUUGCUUUCCGCCGGCCUCAUGCCUGCAGCCUGCGCCGCCGACGGGCGCUCAGCCGAGGGCCUCCAGCGGAGUGCGCCUCCCGCGCCCUCUGGCACUAUGGCCUUCUCCCUGCGGUGGCGGAAGCAGCGAUUCGGUCUGCCGCAGCUUUCGCUUGUUCCCCGAAAGAUCCGGCAGCGAAUGGACGACUGCAGCGAGUGCACGUGCGCAAGAGAGACAACAGGGCGAGAAGCAGCGAGUCGAGGAGAUGAAGAGAACGAAAAAGAGACUGAGGCCGGGCGGGAAGAGACAGAAGGAGACACGAGGAGGAUACGCGAAGCCAGAGACGCCUGGGCUCCAGAGAGCCGCAGAGACCAGGGAGAGCUCCUUCGUCUGAGGAGAGGAGAAGAAGAUGCCGAGCGACAAGGGGUACGCGAAGUCAAGGACGAAGCGAGAGAAGGCAAAAGCCUAACCGAGGAAGAAGAGCGAGAAGGAACUCACCCAAACAGGCAGUAUACCUGUACUUGCGCCAGCCUCCGCAAGGCGACGGAGGAACGGAGAAAGAGUGAAGCGGAACAAGAAGACGAAAGCGGAAGGAAAGGAGGCGUAGAAGAAACAGGAGCGUGUGGAGAGCCUAGCAAGCACGUGUCCCUGGUGCUUGACGCUGAGGUCGACACCCGAGGAUGGAGUCGAGUGCAGCCGACACUCUCGUUUUCUUCUUCAGCUUCCGCCCAUACACGCGGAGAGGAAACGAGUGUUUUCUUCGUGGCGCGACAGCGCUGCGUUUCGCGUGCGGAGAGAAUCAGAGAGAAGACCCAUGAAGAAGGGGGCACCCUGUCGCAUUCUUGUCCGCCGAAGGCCGCACGGGAGAGAGACGCCGAGCAGAACGGAGGAAAAGAGAAGCAAAUCGCGGGACGCCCCAUUAAAAAAAGGAGCGCACAGGAAAUCCAGAAAAUCACAGAAAGGAUGUGGGAAGACGCUCUGGCUUACCUGGAGCGCCGGCGCACGCGCUGGCGCCUAAAGAAGGAGGCGGAGAUGCAGGGGCAGGAGGAGCUUCUCAGGGCGCUGUCUGAGUCUUCGAGUCGCCCUGCCUCCUCUGCUGCCUCCUCUGCUGCCUCCUCUGCUGCCUCCUCUGCUGCCUCUUCUGCGGCUGCCGCAGCGGCUGCCGCUGCGAAGGUCUCCGGCGCAGACGCGGCAAAGGCGGAGAGCGCGCGAGGCACGCUGCAGAAAGAGAAAACCUUGACGCCGCGCCGCCCCCCAGGGCCCAGCGGCCAGGGCGAGCGCGCGGCUCAGGCCUGGCGGUGGAGCGCGGCGCAGGAGGCGCGCGGACAGGGCGACGCGAAGCGGUCGAGGGGGAGUGGAAACAUAGGCGAGAGAGGGGCGCGCAAAGCCAGCCGAAGCCGCACUCCCGAGUGCAAACAAGAGGAGACAGUCUCCGCUCCCCGGGGCGCAUCCCUGCGUCCUGUCUCCGGCCGGCGCCGCGCCGCAGGCCCCCGAACGUCGCUCAGGCGAAAAGCAGAAAAGCCAAGCAGCGGCUCCGCGGGAGAGGCAGGCGCCUACGUGCCUCCGGAAUCGAAGACGAGAGGCGCGGAGGCAAGGGAGGAGACAGGCGAGGAGGGGGGCCUGCUACGGGCCUUAGGGCUUGGCGCCGAAGCGGUCAGGAGUUGCUCUGUUCCCCAGCGCCGAGACCAUAUAGAGCGGAGGAAGGAGCGUUCACUUCGCGACACGGAGAAGAACCCCCCCUCGCCCUCCAAAACGCUUUCCCGAGACGUGAGCCCGUGCCGCGCUGCGCCGAGAAAACUUAUGCGUUCGAGGGCGGGCGAGGCCCCGCCCUCGAACGCCUCCCCGCGUUGCUCUUCUUCAUCUUCCUCCCUCUCUGCGGCGCCUGCCUCUUCGCGGCCUCCUUGUUGUGGGCUCUUGGGUACAUGCACGAUCCAGCAACCGCCUCCCCUGCGUGUGGAGGCAAGUCUCCGCGCGCGCGCCGGAGGAGACGAGGUGGAGCGAGACAACCAGCGAGGGCAGCGGGCAGGAGGCAGAGCCAAGCGAGAAGAGCGAGAAGAAGACGCCUGCAUGGAGAGAGAACGCGCCUACGACAUUCUCACGACGGUGGAUCCACUCCGCCUGAGCCGAGCCGUAGGCGACGCGGCGCCGCGGCAGCGAGAAGACAGCGACAGGCCAAAACUCGCUGUUCCCCUUGGGCAUCCGUCGGCGCCGGCUGCGCUUCUAAGCGGCGAGCCGCGGAGGCCUGAGGACCAGGGCGAGAGCGGAGCCACGCGAGGCAGAGAGGACCCGCUUUGCGCUCCGCCUCAACUGGGUCGUUCAGGAGAAGACUUCCAAAGAAACAGGACGCCGAAUCAAACGAGACCUGCCAGCGAACACCUUCUCAGACAGCCCGCGCCGGCACCUGCAGGAGGUCACAGCAGCGCGAAGCCGUCGCCGCCCCCCAAAGACGACGGAGAGCUGCCAGCGGAGGCCGCCCCAGGCCCCGCGGGCGUCUCUCUGUCUGCUUCGGCUGGCGCCGGCUCGCACCCCUCUUCUUCCUUGAGGCGCCCCGAGCCUCCGCGAUUUGUUCGCGAGGCCCUUCAAUUCCAAGCGUCUCCCUCGUCUCUCUCCCCGCAGGCGGCGUACCUGGCGCGGGAUGCCUCUUCGUGCGACGCCGACGCAAAGGCGCUUUCGCCUGCUCCGGAGCAGCCCAGUUCGCCGCCGCUGCCCGCGCCUUCUGCGUCUUCUUGCUCUUCGUCCUCGCCCUCGAACCCGACGCUCGCCUCUGCCUUUUCGCGGUCAGCUGCGUCGUCUUCGUCUUCGCUCUCGUCUCAUUUAUCCGCAGAGGAAGUCCUCGCGCGUGCCGACGCUCUCGUGCGGCGAGUGUCCGGCGGCUGGCUGCCGUUCGCGUCGCCGCAGCCGUCCCGCCCGCAGUUGUCUGCGGCUCCACUGGCGCCCUCGUCCUGCGCAGAGGCGCGCAGGCCUCUCUUGGGUGGCAAAGCGGCCCUCUCUGCAGGCCGCGCUUCCUGUCCGCGUCGCGACGACGCCGAGCGUCUCCUGCCAACCUUCCGCGCGAGACACCUCAGCCCCUGCAUGCGCGCAGCAGCGGAGUCUGAGUCUCUCGGCGAGCAGCGAGGCCACGGCGCAGGCCAGGUGGCUUCGCCGCCCUCUGCGCCUUCUGCUCGGUCGGCGGUCACUUGCCUGCGGCCGCCGGUUGUCGACGCCGAGCUGCAGAGACGCUUCCUCGAAGUGCAGAAGAGCGCCGCGUUUGAAGCUCUCGCGUCGUCGUGCCCCCAGGCUCCGCUCGAAGGCGCGCGCGGCGCGGGAGACGCCAAGACCUCGCAGCCUGCCGGCAUUGAAGAACUGGCCGCCGAGGCAGACGAACGCCAGGCGCUCACGCGGCAGGGCGGCGGGCGAGGCGCUUGCGAUAACCCAGGAAGGCGGCGAAGGCGGGGAGCGGAAGGCGGGGAAAACGAAACGCGAGAAGACGUCGGCGAAGCAGAGAAGUCCAAGGCAGGCGGCGCAGAGAAGAGAAAGGCAGAGAGAGCAGGAGAGGCGCGCGCGAGGAGAGCCGCGGGCGCCGCGCAACCAGCUCUUUUUCCGCACAUCUUCCCGCAAGGAUCGUCAGCGAAUACGCCUUCGCACAGGAGCUUCUCUGGCGACGAUGUCCUUUCAAAGCGGAUGGAUGUGGCAGAAAGCCUCAUGCGGCCGAACAGCAGACGAGCGAGCACUUUGUCUGGAGUUUCCCUUUCCUUUAAAGAGGCGGGAGACCCUCACAAAGUCUGGCAAGAGCGGAGGGAGGGCGAUCCGACGAGAGGCAGCGCCGCAGGGUGUGCAUUCGCGGGCUUCUCCAAGGUCGCCGGCCGUGCAGCCGCGCCUGGCGCCUCUCUUUCCUCCUCUUGCAUGUUCCCGCCGGUUUCUCUCUUUUCGUCUCCGCGGCCGCACGCCCCCGCCAGCCUCCCGACCACGCCAGCGUUCCCCGCGGCAAGCAGCCCGCCCGCGCUGCCGGCGCCGGCGCUGCCUCGCACCCUGACCUUCAGCGAGAACGAGGAAGACUCAAAGCGCCGCCCUCACGACGCCUACGCUCUGGCGGCCUCUUCCAAAGGCCCAGGGCCGCGCGAGACUGUGAGUGUUCCCGCGGAAAGAACGAGAAACGAGGCGGAUGCAGAUGGGGCGGGCGCCGAUAAGGCAGGCAGACGAGACAGAAGGGAAAUCUGA